GCAGCACAGCUCAGACAUGGGUGUCAGCUGCAUGCUGAGCAGAGCAGCAGGACAGGGGGGUUGCUGCUGGGCUUUGGCCAGGAGAGUCCGAGGAGCCAAACACUUUGGAUCACACAUCUGACUCCUCAAAGUGUAGCUAUGUUUGAUAACUCCAACUACCCCUUCAACUGUUUUAACUACGAUGGAGACGGAUACCCUUCCUCCAGCACAGACGAAGAGAAGAAAAUGUGUAGACCCGCUUACAGCUACAUAGCUCUGAUAGCCAUGGCCAUCCAGCAGAGCCCCGAGCAGCGGGUCACUCUGUCGGGCAUCUACGAGUUCAUCAUGAAGAGAUUUCCUUACUACCGCUCCAACCAGAGAGCCUGGCAGAACUCCAUAAGACACAACCUGUCUCUCAACAGCUGCUUCAUCAAGGUUCCUCGGACAGAGGGCAAUGAGAAGGGAAAAGGAAACUACUGGACUUUUGCCACUGGCUGUGAAUCCAUGCUCGACCUUUUUGAAAACGGCAAUUUUCGACGUCGCCGGCGCAGGAGGAACAUGAAAAUCAGCUUACGUGAUUCAGGAGAAACCCCUUUCCACCCUUUGGAGAGCCACAGCAAUCAGCACGUACCCUCAGCUCGGCACCUGGAACCCGACUCCACCCUCUGCCCUUUGAACCCUGAGAGGCCGAGGCCGGGCCCCCGGCAAAACCACCUCAUCCCUAACCCCACCCAGCAGGGCAAACCAGAGUCAGAGAUCAAGUUUAGUAUUGACUACAUCCUAUCCACUCCAGAUCCACCCCUGCCUGGGUUCAGAUCCUCUCACGGCCCCGUUCACAUAGGGCCCACAGGGCCUCCCAUACAUGUCCUGGAGCCACAACAUCUGAACCUGCACUUCUGGACUCUGUAAGAAAAGAGGAAAGCAAAGACUGAAUUUAUUCAGUCUAAUUUAUUAUUGUCUGUGUCCAAAACUGGGAAGUACUGUAAGGACACCCAAAGACAGAAGAAAAAACUCCACAAGAGGAAUUUUACUGACUUGAAAAGAAUGAAAACGUAAAUGAGGAACAAAGUAUAGAGGUACAGUAUUGUGUGAUGGUCUAGGAUGGAAUAAAGUCAAAAGAAACCAUCAUGCUGACAUAGAACUCAUCCAAAAGAUAAAAUGGGAAGAAUACAGUAAAGCGUUCAUAUUCUCACUAUACUGUAUGUGCAGUGCUGACAUAGACUAGGUUCUCUAUAUGUAUAUACACGGGAGCUGUGAGCACACGUAUGACGUGUUUAAAAAUGCUUCCAAAAACUGAUCAGGUAAAACAAGAGUCACUGGAUUAUCAUCAGAUCAGAACUUGAGAUGGUUUUUCUUCAUAAAAGAAGAAUUUAUUCAGAUGGUUUUCCCUGUUAUUCUUUUGGCCGCCUGUUAAACCUAAAUAUGAUCUAUGUAAUUUCUCAGAUUAAUGACUGAAUGGCAGAUUUAGUCAUUUUAUUUCUCCUACCUUAUUUUAGUGAAUGUCAAGACAAAUGAGUUCAGCAGCACAAAGAUCCCCUUCUGAACAGAAACAACUAUUUCAGUCUGAUAAAAACAAAACAACAAAAAAAUUCCCUCAUUAAAUAUGUAAUUCUAAAAAUACUAAAAUUCAAUCUUUUCCCUCUCCCUCAUUGAGAAAUCCAGAACUUUUGAAUGUGCCGAUAUAUUUGUGUCCUAUUUCACCGAAAAGUCCAUUCACCAGUGUUCGUAUGUCUGCUGUCCACAUUAGAAAUAUUGAUACACAUUGGACCAUGAUUGGCUUCCGAACCACUUGUGAUGUCACAAAGUCAUUCUUGUACAUUCACAUCCUCUUUCCUCCUCCAGCAGAUGAAUACAAUAGCGAAGACAACUUUCCAGUGGCAAACUUCGCACAUACGCCAUUCUGCACAGUGAUGCUCAGACAUCCACGUAAAGCAGGAAUAAAGAAAAUCACAUUUCUCAUUUUCUGAAAAUUAGAAACAAUUUCAACAGAAAAAAAGCAAAUUAUUUGUCUUGUUUUACAAAGUAGCUUGACAUCCUUGUAGUUUUUUCCAAAAUUCUAAUUGUAAUAGAUUUAUUAUCAAACCACACACGGUAGGAGCAACAUCAAAAUGUGUUCAUGAGGUUUUCACGUGACGCCUGCAUGCCUUUUCUUUUUCUGCAAAUGUUUUCAAACAAAGUUGGCAACAGACCUUGUUGACAUGUCACACUAGGAAAAGCAUGAAAUCAAUGAUAGCUACUUCAGUUUCAGGGUCCUGUUCAUCCCAAAUCCAUAGACCAUACUUACUGUACAUACUAUACAGUACUGUAUAUACUACAUCAAAGUAUACAGUUUUAGCAGUUAAUGUACUAAACAAAUCCAUACUUUACAAUUUAGUACUACAAGGAAAUGGUACAAGAUGUGCAAUGUUGUCAUUCAUUCAGUCAAACUGUAACUCCAUGCUACAUACUAAUACUAAGCCGGUUUCACGCAAAACAGUCAGUAUGCACACUGAAAAAAAGUAUGCUGUUGAUGUAGUUCUCCCACAAUGCAAUGCACACACAAAAAUGGAGGAGCUGCUCACAGCAGAAAGAAAUUCAAACUAGAUGUAGAUGAUAGUGAUAUCGCCCCAGUUCAUCAGAAAACAAAAACUUGACUCUAUGUUUAAUUGAGAAUGUAUUUAUUAAUUGAGUAUGCUGACUGCAUUAAAACAGCAUACUAUAACACAUAGUAUAUAGUAUACAUUAGAUUGUAGCAUGUAAUUGCAGCAAAGUCAAUGUUUUUUUCUCAGGUGUAACACCAGCACUCACAAUUCAUUUUUUCCAGCUGCUCCAUGUCCUUUGUGCAUUGCAUUGCAAUAGUGUCCAUUAACAGUAAAAUAAAAAAAUACAAAUCAUAUUUAGUAUGCA